UCUCUUUUUCUUUUUUUUUUGGCAUCUCUCCUCCCGUAUCCUUGCACCAUUCUCUCAUUCAUCUCCCUCUCCGUCUUUCUCUCUCUCUCUUCCCUCCUCCGCCUCCUUCCCUGAUUUUACCCUUGACUUGCACUCAGUCUCUCUUGUGCCCCCGGAUUCUUCUCAGCAGCUUGCCUGUUCGUCCCCACCCCACUUUCAGAUUCUUGUCCUUCUCCCUGUCCGAUGUUCCUCUGCUCCGCGGGACACGCUUGUGUCUUCUCCGCCUUCGGGACUUUGCCCUGGUAGUCUGCGGCCAGUCCGCCAAGCGCUCGUGCAGCCAUGGUUGUGACGUGGCGCGCCGCCCUCUCUCCUCUCCCGUUGCAGCCCCGGAGGCUCCCGUGAUCGACACACAGAGGACCUACGCCUACGACCAGAUCUUCCUCUGCUGGCGCCUGCCGCAGCAUUCCCCCGCCGCCUGGCACUACACGGUGGAGUUCCGGCGGGCUGAGCCCAAGGGCAAGGCCCUCAAACUGUGGCAGCGGCGGGAGGAAGUCCGAGGCACCAGCGCCAUCGUGGAGUACGUGGACACGGAUAGCGUGUACGUGCUGCGCGUCCGAGGGUACAACAAAGCUGGCUUCGGGGACUACAGCGAGGAUAUCUACCUCCGUACGCCGCCGGCACCCGUGCUGAAUUUCUUUCUGGACAACCGGUGGGGUUUCAACCGAGAACGCCUGGCCAUCAGCAAGGACCAGCGAGCCGUCCGCAGCGUCCCCGGUCUUCCCAUGCUGUUUGCCGCCGAGCGUUUGAUGACCAGCUGCCACCUCUCCAUUGACCUGGUGAUCGGCGACGUGGCGGUGACUCAAGGGCGCAGCUACUGGGCCUGUUGCGUGGACCCCAGUUCCUAUCUGGUCAAGGUGGGCGUAGGGCUGGAGAGCAAGCUACAGGAAUGGUUCCAGGUGCCCCAAGAUGUGACGAGCCCCAGGUACGACCCGGAUAGCGGGCACGACAGCGGCGCUGAGGAUACCACAUUGGAGUCCUCGCCGCCCUUCGCCUUCCUGACCAUCGGCAUGGGCAAAAUCCUCCUUUCCCACGGUGUCUCGCUCACCUCGCGGGACGCUGGCAAUGCCACCGUGCCCUUGCCGCCCCGCGUCGGCAUCUGCCUCGACUACGAGCACAGCAAAGUGACGUUCUUCGACGCCGUCUCCUUCCGCAGCCUUUGGGAGUGCGGGGUAGACUGCUCGGGCCCCGUCUGCCCAGCCUUCUGCUUCAUCGGCGGCGGCGCCUUGCACCUUCAAGAGCUGGUGGUCGGCCGUCAGGAACGGAAAGUCACCAUCAGCGGCUUCUCCAAGCUGGACUGAAUUUGCCGUCGGCUGAUUCCAAGCGUGUUCGGGGAAGAGAACCAACCAGCAGAUGGGAUUUGGGGGGGGGGGGGCCUUGGGGGGUGGUGGGG